AUUCUGAGCCUAGUUACAGAGGUAAACUGUGGCCAUUUUUUUUCUUUCAUUUAGCCAAAUACAUCCUUGUCAUUAAAAGACCUUUGAAACUGAGUAAAAUGGCUUUGAAACCUCAGUAGAAUAUGCUCGAACUGUCUGGAGAAGGAUUACGGGACAACUACCACAGUAGAAGAGAUGAAAUUGCCCUUAAAAAUCUCCAGUCUGAUGUUACAGAGGCGAAAUCUGACUUCACCAAGGAGACCUUGGCAUCACAAAACACAAAAAUGAUUUCAUCCAUAGUCAUCUCCCAGAUGAUUGAUGAGAAUAAGUCAAGAGAAAACAGGGUCUCCUUGCCCCUACCGUGUGCGAUUGCUCAGUCUCGUGCAUAUCACGCCAAGCAGUCUCUGGCUAACCGCAGCGGAGUCAACAUUCACAGAGCAUUUGCGUUACUUCCGGGCAGAUUAGGAAUCCCAGCACCCUCAGAUGAGCGAGGACCUGAGCCAGAGCUGCCGCCCAAAGAGAAGAGCCCCUGUGGGGGGCCCCACAGAGGGUUUGCAUCCAUCACCAUCACGGCCAGACGCGUGGGCCCCCCAGCCCGCGCCCUGGUGUGGGGGACUGUUGGGGACUCUCUGUGCCCCAAGUGCAGGGCUGAGGAUACACUGUUCCAGGCACCCCCGGCUCUGGCCAAUGGCGCCCAUCCAGGUCGGCAUCAGAGAUCUUUUGCCUGCACAGAGUUCUCCAGAAACAGCUCCGUGGUGCGGCUGAAGGUUCCCGAGGCCCACAUAGGGUUGUGUGAGAGACGCAAGUACUGGGUCACCCAUGAGGAUGACAAAGAGACCAGUUUUUCUCCAGACACCCCACUGUCAGGAAAGAGCCCGCUGGUGUUCAGUUCCUGUGUCCACCUCAGGGUGUCUCAGCAGUGUCCAAAUUCAAUCUAUUACGUAGACAAGUCUCUCUCCAUCCCCAUUGAGCCACCUCAAAAUGCCAGCCCCAAAAUGCACAGAUCCGUCCUGUCGCUCAACCUCAAUUGUAGUUCCCACAGAUUAACAGCAGAUGGAGUAGAUGGCCUAGUGAACAGAGAGCCAAUAAGCGGAGCCCUGAAGCAGGAGCUGGUGGAGGGAGACCAGGACCUCGUAGGCCAGCGCUGGAACCCAGGUUUACAAGAAAGUCACUUGAAGGAAACCCCAUCGUUGGGGCCGGUGCAUUUGGGGACCGGCGCUUGUCCAUGGAGUGGUUCUUUUCCAUUGGAAAACACAGAAUUGGCAAAUGUGGGAGCUAACCAAGUCACUGUAAGAAAAGGAGAAAAGGACCAUACAACUCACUGUCAUGCCAGCGGUCGUGCCAACAAACUGUCCAUUCACAUUCCUGGCUGGAGUUACAGGGCAGCAUGCAACCUGCAGAAGAAUGCCUUUCCCUCCACUGCAGGACACAACAUGCAGAAGAAUGCCUUCCCCGCCUCUGCAGCAUUCAACUUGGAGAAGAAUGCCUUCCCCGCCUCUGCAGCAGGCAACAUGCAGAAGAACACCUUCCUUCCCCUCUGCAGCAGCCUCUCUCUUGCCAAAAGGAGACAGCAAAGGAGAGUGCUCAACUCACCUGCAGGCGCCCAUGCAGAGUGGGUGUUCAACAGACACCCAAGCCUGCCAAUGUCUCUUAACUGGUUUCCAGUUAGAUGCUGUGGUUAUGGAGCUUGCUGGAAAAGAACCCAGGUGAAAGGAAGAGUACACACAAAAGUAUUUUAUGGAAGCAGCAAGAGGCAACAAGAAGUAUGCAUGACUGUGUCUGCUCCUCCAGUGGAACAGAAGCCCACUAGACAUUUCCUUACCAUUGGGGAUAGCUCUCCAAGCGAUGACUGUCUGUCUAGAGACCUUUCUGAGCCCACAGAGAGACGACAUCCAAGCUUCCUGAAACCCAGAAUCCUUUUUCCUGGGUUUCUUUGCCCCUUACAAGAUGUAUGUGCAUCUCCGCAGGAAGACAAUGGUGUUCAGAUAGAAAGCAAGUUCCCCAAAGGAGAUUACACAUGCUGUGACUUGGUUGUAAAAAUAAAGGAAUGUAAGAAGAGUGAGGACCCCACCACGCCUGAGCCCUCCCCAGCAGCACCCUCACCAGCACCCCCCGACGGAGCAGGGAGCCCUGGCCUGUCCGAAGACUGUUCUGAGCCUCAGCAAACGCCUGCAAGAUCUUUGACCUUGCAAGAAGCACUGGAAAUUCGUAAGCCCCAAUUCAUUUCUCGCUCACAAGAACGGCUGAAAAAGCUUGAACACAUGGUCCAGCAGAGGAAAGCCCAGCGGAAGGAGGACCUGAGGCAGAAGCAGAGCCUCCUUCCCAUCCGCACCAGCAAGAAGCAGUUCACGAUUCCCCAUCCUCUGAGUGAUAACUUGUUCAAACCCAAAGAACGGUGCAUUUCAGAGAAGGAGAUGCAUAUGCGAUCUAAGAGAAUCUAUAAUAACUUGCCGGAAGUUAAAAAGAAAAAAGAAGAACAAAGGAAAAGGGUGAUCUUACAAAGUAACAGACUCCGUGCCGAAGUCUUCAAAAAGCAAUUACUAGACCAGCUCCUUCAAAGGAAUGCGGUCUAACUGCAGGCUGCCCUGCUGACCACACUACCUGGACCUGGGAGGACUUCAAAUGCUGGAUAAGCCAUUAAACUUAGCAUUAUCUUCAUGAUGGGAAAACACUUAUUUUACUUUCGAUUUUUUUUUUCCAUAAAGGAAAACAUCACUUCCUGAAUUACUGACCCAAGCCAAACAGAAACAAUAACCCUCGAGAAAAUAGGUCAACAAUCUGUUGUGGGGAAACCACCUCCAUGUAACCCACUGGAUACAGUCCCCUUAAUGUUUUUUCUUCUAAAUUGUACCUUUUGCUUCUGAUUUCUUCUCCCUUGCUGUUUCCUGCCCAUCAGAGAGGCCUCAUACAAGCAAGUUUGUUUACAUCCCUGGGGAAUCUUUUACAAUCAAACUUUUGGGAUCCAAAUCCAUCUCCUUUUAAAUUUCAAUCUCAACACCUGCCAGUUAUGCAAAUGCCAAAAUGUGGGUCAUCAUAUAGUACAUUUUAAACCUUUCUGAACAUGUGCACCACCCAAUACUAGAGGCUGACUUGGAAACCAGUGGGUGCAAUGCCCGAGGCUGUGGAACAAUCAGCCCAUCUCUUUGUGACCUGGAGCAGUCAGAGUGGCCCUCAGUCACCCCGCCCCAUUCCUCACCAGAGAAAAGAAUCCAUUUCUAUGGAAGCUCUGACAUAACUUCAGUGUUUUCUACAACACUCCUCCUGCCCCACUCCAUAAAAAAAGUUGUUUUGUUAAGAAAUAGCCUAAUGGUCCAACUUCGCUCUCUGUUCUUCCAAAUAUUUAUAAUAUACAUUAUUUAUAAAUAUGUGUGUUUCGGAAGCUAAGAACAAGCUAGUUGUUACAACACAAAUGGAAAUAAAUGCAAUUAUUAUAAAAAUUCAAGUAUUUCUCUGUUAUAUAUUCUGUUAUGAAGUAGGUGGCCAGGAUAGAUAACAUAAGGUAUAAAAUGCUGCCCAAGACCCAGCAGGCACCACUGACCUGCUCCACAUCCUCUUCUGCC